AAGAAUACUUUUUUACGACAAGCACAUCAAUUUUUGUCAAAGUUCACAUAUGUCUUUUUAACAAAGCUCAUAAUAUUAUCGAAAAAAUUAACGAAAGAAAUUUUUUUCCAUUUUAUUAGUAACUUUUAAAAUUUUUAACUGCAACAAAUACAAUUUUUUGUCAAAAGUAAAACAGUUACAAAAACUUGUUCUCGUGUCACAUCAAUUUUUGUAAGUGUUAUAAUUAUUCCAGUACCUAUUUAUUAGAAAACCUUCGAGAAGGAUGAGAUGAUUUGAAGUUUUAUUAAUUUAAAUUCUUGUGACAAAUUUAUCAAUAUAUUCAAAUUUUUUUGUAAUUUUAAAAAGGAUCAACAUGAAUCUAAGAACAUUAAAAAAUAGCUUCUUUAGGCGAAUUAUCCAAGAUUUUCGACAAAGGGAAUUGAUGCCAUUGAAAAUUGCUUUUUUCUUAAAAGCUGCAACACUGUCAGUACUUUAUCCAUAUUUGACAAUUCAUAUGCGAGAAUUAGGAAUAAAUGUACAAGAGACAGCGUUAAUAAGUGCAAUAACACCACUGGUAAUAAUUAUAAUGCCUCCAUUAGCAGGUUUAAUAGCAGAUCGAAUAGGGAAUUUUCGAGUGUCUUUAUCAUUUCUAACAGUGCUUGGAGGAUUGGUAGCACUAUUACUGCUAUUGGUCCCCGUGGGUAGAGUCACUAUAGAAUAUCCCGAAAGAAUAAUUCUCGAUGCAAAAUGUCAGCAAGAUUAUGGCAAAUUAAUGUUUCAAAUUAAUGAAAAUUAUCCUUGUGAUGAAAAACUAAAAUCUGAGAUAAACGUAAAGAUUGAGAGUUGUGGUUAUAUGUGUUCAGCACCUAAUAAUACCGACGUUUCACUGCAGUUGUUAAAGGCAAAAAAAUUCACAAUAAUAGAAUUAGUAGAAGAUGAUUCAGAUGACAUUAGAUCACACAGGAUUUUAAAGAAUGAUGAAUUUUCUGAGAAUAUUCGUCAAAUCACGAAUUAUACUUUUUACUUCGUAGAGAACGAUAUGCAAAGUUUUAGCUGCAAGAAAAUUACCGAGGAGAAUUCUGAAGGGAAAUUUUUGCAAUGCGGAAUUGGGAGUGUUCCUAACGAAGAAAAGGACGAAGAUAGUUCAAAUGUCAGCUACAAGCCCUUCAAAGCAAAUCUUCAGACUUUCAACGAAUCAUCAAACAGUUCAGUCAGUGAAAUGAAAUAUUUAGUGAAUAAAUUAAAUUGGACAGACAAUAAUAUGAUGAAUGCUGAAUGCAAUAUAAACGAAGAGACAGAUUCAGAAGUUUUGAUAUCAGUUGGAAAUUAUAAUUUUACGGAUUGUCAUCGCAGCUGUCUUAUCACUGUUCCCAGAUCGGAAAUGUGUUCCAAUUUAAAGAAAGAAAUUGUCUAUAAUACUCGACUAACAUUCUGGUUGUAUCUUUUCUUUCGAUUGUUAAUCGCAAUGAUCGGUGCCAUUGCAUGGGCAAUGUUUGAAGGGGCUGUGAUUGCAACAUUGAGAGAACAAAAGGCUGAUUAUGGCUUACAGAGAUUUUACGGCAGCUUAGGGGGAAUGAUAUCGUCCCCCCUAUCAGGUCUCAUGAUUGACUCAUUUAGUAAAGGAAAAGCUUUCACUGAUUUCAGGCCAGCUUUCUAUCUAUAUGCUGUUCUCAAAGUCGGUUCAGGUAUCCUCAUGUUGUUUAUGAAUUUGGAAUUCAAAUCGCCAGCAAAAAGUUUAUUUAAGGAUGUUUACAAGGUGCUCAAAAAUGUGGAAAUCGUUACACUUUAUAUCGUUUCCUUCAUGUUAGGCACUGCUUGGGGAUACUGCGAAUCAUUUCUCUUCUGGUUCCUAAAGGAUUUGGGUGCAUCUCAAUCACUCAUGGGAUCUACCAUAACAGUUAGUGGUCUUGUCGGUUUGCCAUUAUUGGUUCAAUCAGGACCAAUAAUAAACAAACUUGGCCACGCUAAUGUUCUCUUCAUUGGAUUUAUUUUUUACGCUAUCAGACUUAUCGGCUAUUCACUUAUUUAUAACCCAUGGCUGUCUAUGGUUUUCGAAGCAUUUGAGUCUGUAACAACUGGACUUGUUGUUACAGCAGCUGUAACUUAUGCUGCAAAAUUAUCAACGACAGCCACUGAUAGCACUGUACAAGGAUUAUUGGUUGGAAUUUACUACGGAGUUGGAAAAAGUUCCGGAGGCUUAAUAGGAGGAUUCUUGAUGGGAGGAGUGGGUACACGUCCCACUUAUCAGAUAUUCGGGGUAGCUUCUCUAUUGAUAGGUUUAGUUUACUACAUGUUCAAUGCCACUUAUUUGAAGAAGCGUCGUCAAGUUGAGGAAAAUCAAAGAACUUUGUGAUGAAAGAACUGAAGCAGAAGAAGAAGAAGAGGGAGAAAAUGACGUCUACUACAAAAUAAUCUCGACAACAUUGGAAAUAUUACUAAGAGUUAGAUUGUUACACUAUGAUUAAUAUUUUGAAAAAAAUCCAAAACGUUUUCUGAAAACAUAAAAUAUAUGAUAUUUCAAUUAUUUAAAAUAUCUUUGGACAUUAUUUUCUCUUCUAUUUUCUUUCCUUAGGUACAUAUAAUUCUUCUGCCUAUUUUUCAUUUUUACCAACCAUUUUAUUAUUACCAACAACUAUUACAAUGUAACCUCGAUUAUCCGCAAUAAUUGAGGCUUGACGUAGUUCGAACAACCGAAAGUUCGGAUAAAUAAUAGAAAUGGCAAAUAUUUUAAAAAAUGAGGGUAAUUUAUUAACAAUUUCACGUAUUGUUAAUUUAUCACUUUUUUGGAUUAUUGUAACGGUGAUACAAGGAAUUUGCAGAGGAAAUUAGAGCUCAUAAAUGUGCAAUCGUUACGAAUAAUUAGCACCCUAUUUUCAACUGCUGAAAUAUUGUCCGUCAAAACGAAAUAAUAUUUCAGUUUAACCCAAAAGUAUUACUCAAAUUUUUCUUUUUUGAA